GACAAGAGACCUUCACUGGUGGCAGUGUCAGUGUGCUUGUAGGUGCGGGGAGGAGAGGUGUUGCUGCUGCUGCUGCUGCUCCACAGGAACGGGUUAUUAAGUAACACCAUCACCGCUGCUCUCACUCCAAUAACCAAAGAUGCCGCCACCAAAAUACGUGAGGGUGUUAGUGGCGGUGUUGGCGAUGGUGUGCUGGAGCUCCCAUGGUGAUGCUCGCACGCUGAAGAGAGUCAGAAGGCAAGGUAAUAGUAGUAGGACAGAAACCAUAGUGUUCAACGCGCCGACGCUCCGAGACCCCGAACAGUGUAGGACUCCGAACGGCGUGGGAGGCCGGUGUGUGAUCCUGGCAGAGUGUCCCACGCUCUUCAAGAGACUCACCUCAAAGCCCUCGCAGGAAGACUUGACGUUUCUGCGGUCGAGCAUCUGUAGAUUCGAAAAGUCUUCCCCUCUCAUCUGCUGCACUCUUCACGACAUUGCCCUCGGGACCAACACGUCUUCUACUACGACCUCCACCACUACGACCUCCACAACUACGACCUCCACCACUACGACCUCCACCACUACACCCUCCACCACUACACCCUCCACCACGACACCCUCCACCACGACACCCUCCACCACUACACUCUCCACCACCUCAGCACUAGACAUAACGACGGAGGUGUCAACGACGACGGUGCUUAGUGCAGACAGCCGACAAGACAAGACAGACGAGACGCCCACCGCCGCCACGACAGAGCCCACUACCACCCUGCCGCCGCCCACUGGAUUACAACUUCUGUCGCAGGCCACCUGUGGGAUCAGCGAAGUCAGUGUUCUGAGGAUAGUAGGAGGAACACCUCCCCCGAAGGGUUUGUACCCGUGGCUGGCCGCCCUGGGGUACGCCGACGGUCAGGGUAAGAUCGAGUUCCUGUGCGGCGCGGCGCUGCUCACCCACCAACACGUCGUCACGGCUGCCCAUUGUGUCCGGAACCGAAAUGAUCUGAAGGUUGUGAGGCUGGGGGAGCACGACCUGAGCAAAGAGAACGAGACUGUUCACGAGGACUUCGGUAUCCAGACGAAGACCUUCCACGCGAACUUCAACCCUGUGUCAUAUGCCAAUGACAUCGCUAUUAUCAAGCUCGACAAACCUGUCACUUUCAGGAAAGGCAUCAAGGCGGUGUGUCUUCCGCUCCCUGGCAGGUUCCACAACAACUCCCUGGUUGGGAUCCCCGGCAUCGUCGCUGGCUGGGGCGCUGUCUCCUUCAAUAAUGUGUCGUCGCCUGAGCUGCUUCACGUCAUGCUCCCGGUAAUCUCACAAGAGGAGUGUGCUCUCAAGUACACCCGCUUCAGGCAGGUCCGCAUCGACAACUCCGUUCUGUGUGCAGGAGUUGGAGGCAAGGAUGCCUGCCAGGGCGACUCUGGGGGUCCUAUGGUAAUGCACUAUGGAAGUCAGACCUUCCUGACUGGCAUCGUCUCAUUUGGGUUUCGGUGCGCGGAGCCUAACUUCCCCGGCGUCUACACCAAGGUGUCCUCGUACCUGGACUGGAUCCUGACCAUGCUCAACUAGCAGCAUAAAGGGCUUGUCCAUCGCCAGGAACUUUCACUACUCAACUAGUUGUACAGAGGCUUGUUUAGAACUUGUGCAGCGUCUGGAAAGCCUUACACUACUAAAUCAUUGGUGUUCAGGCUUUUUCAAAGAGCGUACAGUAUCCAGUCAACCUCUUUAAAAACCUGACUAGCACUAUUUUGAGAUACACAUAGCCUACCACUGAAAACCAGCCAGCACCUACUGUCUGUAUUCAACUGUGUGUGUGUGUGUGUGUGUACUAGCUAUUCAUUACAUAGUGUGCCAAGACCAGGCCUGGGGAACCAUGUGGCUGCUGUGGGAAGGAACACGUAACCACGCAGCUUCUCUUAUAGUUCACAUGAUCCUCUUUCAUCUUAAGGCUAGGCUAUUCAUGCUACGUUUUUGUAGCAUUUAGGAUUAUUCGACGUCAAAUGCAAGACGUGUUACAUGUAAUAAUAUAUUCUGUUGAGGGAUCGAUCAGCGUCAUGAUGCGUUUUUGUGUAACGUGUUAACAUGUGUAUGUAAAACCUAUGCAUAAAUACAUAGGAUUUUAACAUGGUAAAUCCUAUGUUAAAUAAUACAAAUGUUGUUGGUUUGGGUUGCUGUUGGACUUAAUUAAGACUUAUCAAUUUCUGAUGGUUGAUUAGGGCCACAAGUACUUACUGACCAAACAACUGAGUAUAUACACUGAAAAGUGUAUCCUCUCUGUUUAUAUAUCCCUUGACGAUGUUAUGACUCAUACGCAUGUCGCUUUUUAAUUAUUUAAUUACAUGCACGAAGUUACAAUUAUACAGUUGAAUUUAA